GCGGCGCUCUGGUCACGGCAGAUUCGCCCCGGCCGCCGUCCCCGCCGCAGCCUGAGGGGCGCUGAGGAGAACGGGAGGUUUUUGGAAGAGGCGCACGGAGGAGCCCCGGGCUGACCGCCGGCCCCGCCCGCAGGCUCACGCCAUGCUGCGGGCGCUUCCCUCUCUCUGAGGAGAGGCGAAGGGGCGGCAGGGGACGGCGGCGGCGCGAUUGCUAAGUCUGAGCGACGAGAGGCAAACAUGGCCCAAGCACCUACUGAUCCGAGUAGUGCGGAAACUGCUGACCCAGAGGAGAGUUCUCCAAAUAUGAUAGUCUACAGAAAGAUUGAAGACAUCGUUACAAGGAUGCAAGAUGACAAAACAGGUGGAGUUCCCAUCCGCACUGUCAAGAGCUUUCUGUCCAAAAUUCCCAGCGUGGUCACCGGUUCUGAUAUUGUGCAGUGGCUUAUGAAGAACCUCAGCAUUGAGGAUGCAGGGGAAGCAAUACACUUGGGAAGCCUUAUUGCUGCGCAGGGUUAUGUCUUUCCGAUCUCAGACCACGUCCUUACCCUGAAAGAUGACGGGACGUUCUAUCGUUUUCAGGCACCAUACUUUUGGCCUUCAAACUGCUGGGAACCAGAAAACACAGAUUAUGCCAUCUAUCUUUGCAAACGGACCAUGCAGAACAAAGCUAGGCUGGAGCUGGCGGAUUAUGAAGCCGAAAACUUAGCAAGACUUCAGAGAGCAUUUGCAAGGAAGUGGGAAUUCAUCUUCAUGCAAGCAGAGGCCCAAGUGAAAAUCGACAGGAAAAAGGAUAAAACGGAAAGAAAGAUUUUGGACAGCCAGGAGAGAGCAUUCUGGGAUGUGCACAGGCCUGUGCCAGGUUGUGUGAACACCACAGAAAUGGACAUUAGAAAGUGUCGCCGUAUGAAAAACCCACAAAAAGUGAAAAAGUCAGUGUAUGGGGUUACAGAGGAGUCUCAGCCCCAAAGCCCUGUACACCUGCCCUCCCAGCCAGUGCGCAAAACGACCAAGGAGGAUUUCCGGAAGCAAAUAACUUUUCUGAACAUGCAGAUAGAGAGACAUUGUUUAAAGAUGUCCAAAGUAGCAGAAAGUUUAAUAGCCUACACAGAGCAGUAUGUGGAAUAUGACCCCUUUAUAACUCCUGCUGAGCCUUCCAAUCCCUGGAUAAGUGAUGAUGCAGCAUUGUGGGACAUUGAAAUGAGCAAGGAACCUAGUCAGCAGCGUGUGAAAAGAUGGGGUUUCUCCAUGGAUGAGGUGCUGAAGGACCCAGUAGGACGAGACCAGUUCCUUCGUUUCCUGGAAUCAGAAUUCAGCUCAGAAAACCUCAGGUUUCCCUGUCCAAGGAGAAGUACAGAAAGCAUGCCAGCAGCAGAACAGUGGAAACUCAAUACACUACAUUGUUUUGCAAAACCUGAAAGAUAACCUGUAAGAAAACAAGGGAGUGUUACUAAUUACAUAAAUGAGCUUGAAAUUUUAUUGCUAAACAAGUACUGAACUUGCAUGUGCUUACUGCAGUUAUGUACAGUGGCACUCAUUUGCAAUUAAAUUGUAGUGAUGAAGUGCAAAAUUAAUAUACUGUAUUAAGAUACUCUUCAAAUGAGUGUUCUGAAAUAAAUCUGGUAUUGUGCUAAUGAAAUCCAGCAGGUUUUAUGACUAGUGUCUGUCCCCCAUGUUCAUCCUACUCAAACAAAUGGAGAAAAUUUGAUUAUGAGAAGAAGGCAAACCUGUACCUUCCUUGGUCAGCCAGUGGUGCUUCUGUUGAUGCACAUUCUCCUUGAUCUCCUUGAUAGUGAAGGGAGAUGUCAAAUCAGUGGGCUGGCACAGACAGGUUAAAUCCUGCAUCCUUUGUGGAAGACAUGGGCAUCGUUCUUAUUAUGGGAACUUUCCUGUCAUUCUUAUGGUAUCAUUACGAUGGUAUUGGCUUCUGUGGUAAUAUUAUCUCAUAUUGGAUACAAGCCUGCUUAAAGCUUUAAAUAAUAGGAUGCGAAGGCAGAAAUAUUAAUGAAGAAAACUGGAAUAGAGUGGAUUGUUAGCAGUGAUACUUGAGAGAAGAAGGGUUCGGGUGAGGCAGAGAAAGCUCCUUAUUUCUCACUGGGAGUGUGUAGCAUAAAGGAAAGCAGCUGCUGGAUGCUUACAUAUCCAAACAAAAUCUAAGUUACAUUCAACAGCAAAGUUGGGAUCUGCCUCACCUAAGCUGACAGCUCGGAAGCACAUGCUUGCUUCUUAUCCAGUCUCCCUUUAGAGAGAGAGAAGAGAAGCUGAGGAGGAGUCAGUGAAUGACCUGAGAAGGAUUUGUUUCAGUUUUAAGUGGAAGCAAAACCAGACACCUAAAUUACAUUGUAAGGUGUACAGUUCUUUAUUUAUGUUAUAAAUUGUAUAUAAAUAUAUUAAAAGAUAAUACUAAUAUAUUGAUAUAAAUAUGUUAUACAGUUUUUAUUUAUGCUAUCAUAAGCCUGUACAGACUGAUGCAAAUGAGUGUGCAUGGCAGACAACUACAGUUAAGUGAAACACAUCCCACCCCAACCCUGGGAAGGGGUAGAAAACUUUCUGAGAGUUUAGCAUUGAGCACCUCUGUAGAAAAGUAACAUUCACAGUUAAUCUUUUCAGGACUCUCUUCCCAGUAACUAGCCAGAGGUCUUGGAACUGUUGCAGAUGGGACAUGUUAUCUCUUUGGAGUAACAAUAGGAUUUUGGGAGUGUCCCUAGGAUUAACACUGGCCCUACAGGCCCCUGUGUUGUAUCUAAGGCAGAUCUGAGAAACUGACUGCUGGAAAACCUAGAAAUUGAUGAUAGCACUAGAAAAGAUUUUGUAAAAUGUGUGCUUAAGAAUGCCUUGAAAUUAAUGUAAUUCAGUAAUACAGCAAGGGACCAAAUUCUGCUCUUAGACCUUGUGGUGUGAGUCCCAAAUCACAGGGCUGGUUGUGGUGGGAUAUUUCCAUCUCUUCCUAGCUGAGAAAAAUUGGUCCCGCUGGGGGUCUUGGGUGAGGCACUGCCAGAGAUAGCAGCAGACUAGACUCGAUGACCUCCCAGAUCCCUUUCCAGCUGUGUUUCUGUGUUCUAAUAAACUUGCAGGAUCAUGUCCACCAGUCUCCUGGGCUUGGCUGAGCCCUGUAACUUACUUAUUUACUGGCUGUCCAUUAUUUAUGUGGGAGCAGGAAAGCCAGUCAGUUGGGUAUAUUUCUCUCUGGUUUUAUUUUAACUCUUUUCCUUGCUCUGUUUUCUUUCUCCUCUCUGUUGUUAUCUUUCAUCUACAAUUUGUUUUGACUCUUGUGAUUUUUGAAGUAUAUUCAAAAUACAGCAGACAAAAUGCCAAAUUUAAAACAAAAUAAAUAAGAAAGGAUAAGAAAAGAAAGUGCAUCAGAGAGUUAUUAUACAUUUUUUAUGACCUGGAACCUUCUGAGACAUCUUGAGAUUGCUGAGAUUUUCAUUUAGCUGGUGUGUUGAAUUUUUUCCCCCCAAGUUCAAAGAGUGUCAGC